AUGGAAAUUAUGCAACGAAUUUUGAUUUUCGCGCAAUUUUGCGUCGCCGCCGCGACGAGUUUUGAGGCGGUCGCCACGGAAAUCGCACCUCCAAAACUACUUAAACAGUCUGAAGAGGUUGUCUGGUUUCAUUUAGAGAAGCCUGAAGAUGAUAGGCACAAGCUUACGUUGAUAUGCGAGGGCGACGAGAACACUGACAGAUAUCAAUGGACGAAAAACGGGAAGCCGCUUGCAAUUGAUGAUCACUCCGGCAUCUCCUGGGCCGACGCGAGCAAAACUGGAACGAUUAUAAUCCAAGAACCGCAUUUUAAGCAUGAGGGAUUUUAUCAAUGCAUGGCUUCCAACAUUUUUGGAACAGCGCUCUCAAAUAAAAUUCAUCUACGAUUAGGAGAAUUGAAUCAUUUCCCAAAACGCCCGAUUCGUGUAAUCAAGGCGCGCGAGGGUGAACCGCUCACCAUUGACUGCCAUCCGCCAAGUGGCACGCCAAAACCAAGAAUUAUAUGGCUUUAUAGGGAUGCGGAGGAAGUGUCGGUGAUUGAAACAAUUCGUUCUCGUCACAUCACCGUUGACGUCAACGGAAACCUCCAUUUUAGUUCUGUGGAGCUUUCCGAUGGAAAACCAAAUAUCCUUUAUGAAUGCGCUGCCACGUCGCCGGUCCUUCAUGGCGAAUACAGGUCGGGAGACAAGAUUCGGCUCGAAGUUGAGCCUUCAAAAGACAAAUCGUCGCCUGUUCGAAAACUGUUUGUGAGCCCAUCGGAGGUUACUGUGAGAGCUGGAGAACAGUUGAAGCUUCAAUGCAUUUUUGGCGGAAGACCACUACCCACCGUUUUCUGGUCGAAGGUUGACGAUGAGAUUCCCGCGGAUCGAGUGCACGAUUUGUCGGCAGCUGAAAGCGAUUUCGGAAGAAGCCUCAUCAUUGAUAACAUCCAUCCGAACGAUGCCGGCAGCUAUGAGUGCCGAAGUCGGCACCUCGUGCACACUGUCAACGUGAAAGUGAUGGCCGCGCCGUUUUGGGAGUUCGAACCGCCCAAAGAUCUGGUGAUGGCCGAGGAGAGCACCGGCGAGAUUGAAUGCCUCGCCGGCGGCCAGCCGAUUCCGAUCAUCACGUGGAGUAUGAACGGCAAACUGUUGCACGAGCUCGCCGAGGACUCGCGACGAGUGCUCCUCGAUCACGGCCGAAUUCUGCGCGUCCGAAAUCUCAAUCACGACAUUGACACCGGCGUUUAUCAAUGCAACGCGAGCAAUCCGCUCGGCUACGUGUUCGCCAACGCGUUCGUCCAAGUGCGCGCUCACGCGCCCGUCUUCCGAAUGCAGGCGGCGAGGAGCUGGAAGGUCGUCCUCCACUCGACGGUGGUGUUGGAUUGCGACGUCGACGCCGCGCCAGAAGCCCUCGUACGCUGGGUGGACGCCGAUGAUAGGCCGCUUCAAGUGGUCGACGGCAAGAAUAAGGCCAUUUGUAUGGGAAGUGCUCACUUCUGCAAGAAACCGCCACAAAGAAUCCACUUGAAUUGUCAUUGGGCGCCUUCAAAAAGUCGACUUCAAGCGUUUGGCCUUUUCGAUUCAAAAAUUGGCGAUCCAUAG